AUGGAUUAUGAUAACAUGGACUUUACGAAUUAUUCAAAUGAAUAGAUUGGAGAAAUGAUAAAAACAUAAGGAUUGGAGAAUAUAACAUAUGAGGAGCUGAUAGCGAAGAAGAAUAAGAGAAUAAAAGAAUUUUAUGAGUAAGAUUCGAAACUGGUGAAGUAAGAGGCAAUGUUGAGACACUGGCUAUUGAAGAGAAAGAAUAAGCAUUUGAUUGACUUUAAUGACAAAGAGCGUUCUCAAUUAAAACAAUACUUCAACUCUUUGGAUGAGGACGGAUCAAAGUCGAUUGGCAUAGAUGAAUUGGAGGAACCGUUGAUCUCGUUGGGCAUAGCCGAAUCACGAGAGGAUGUUAAGAAGCUCAUUUACACAGUUGAUGAUGAUGGUUCUAUUGAAUUUAAAGAAUUCUUGGAAAUUAUUAAAAAUAAAAACGGAGAUGGCAAAAGCAAUUCAAAGGAGACAAUGGUGAUUGACUUUUUUAAAGACAUGAUAAAUGGGCGUUUAGGACACGGGAGCAAUUAACCAAUUAAUAAGAAUCUGCCUUUUAGUUUGAUCAUAAGUACAAUAAGGAGAUAGAAGUUGUUGGAUGCUUUGAUGGCGAAUGAUCCAAAGAAGAAGGAGGAAGGAGAGAAGGUGAUGAAGGCUUAUGGAAAACUUAUAUCGUAGAGGAGGGCUUAAAAAAAUGAUGGCUCAAUUUAGGGUUCAAAAAAGAGAAUUUGAUUUUAUAGUAUUGAACCUUUUUUGUAUUAUUUCUUAAUU